UAUAUACUCCCGGUGGGGCGGGGCGGGGCGCUUCUGGGGACAGGGGCAGAAGGAGCAGGGCUUGUAGCUUGUCAAAGGUUACAGAGACCCGACCUAUAUAAGGACAUGGGGCUGGCUGGGCUAAUCAGGGCUUCUGCUUUGGAGACUGGGCUUCAGGAGGCCCCUCUAGUGGGACAGGGCAGAGCUGUAGCCAUGGUGGUCCUGGGAGCUGGGAGGGGCGAGGCUUGGGCAGUACAGGGUGGGGUUUAAGGAUAAUCCCUCCCCCUCCGCAGGAGCUGAAGCUGGUGUUCCCGGGAGCACAGCGGAUGAACCGGGGCCGGGCAGAGCUGGGGACACUGCUCCACGCCUGUCGCGCCAAUGGCCUCACUGACCUGCUGCUGCUUCAUGAGCACCGUGGUGUCCCUGAUGGGCUGAUUGUGUCACACCUGCCACUGGGCCCUACAGCCUACUUUACACUGGCCAACGUGGUGAUGCGCCAUGACGUACCUGGGAUCGGCCCUGCGCCCCAAGCUGCCCCUCAUCUCAUCUUCCAUGGCCUCACCUCUCGCCUGGGCCAGCGUGUGACGAGCAUCCUCAAGUACCUGUUCCCAGUGCCCAAAGAGGACAGCAAGCGCGUGGUCACCUUUGCCAACCAGGAUGACUACAUCUCCUUCCGGCAUCAUGUGUACAAGAAGCUGGACCAGCACAACAUCGAGCUCACUGAGAUUGGACCUCGGUUUGAAAUGAAGCCGUACAUGAUCAAGCUGGGACCGCUGGACCAGGAGCCAGUGGCCGACGUGGAGUGGCGCUGGCACCCCUACACCCGCACUGCCCCCAAGCGCCGCCUGCUUAGUGCUCCCUAGGCCCAGAUACCUAGGUUCUCUCCUGCCGGGGGCUGCUGGGGGCUUGGACGCUUGGGUUUGCUGCCCCAUGGUGGGGCUUGGUCCAUGAGUGGACACCAGGGUUCCUUCCUAAUGGUGGUAGUUCUGGAUCCACAAUUUGGAGCCUGGAUGCUUGGGUUCCCUGCCUGGUGUGGGGGGCUCUGGCUCUAGGAUCAGGCUUUUGGAUGCUUGAGCUCCCUGCUUGGUGUGGGGUAUUCUGAGAUCUGGGUCUCCUGCCCCGUGGGGGGGUGGGGCUCCGGGCCUGGGAUCAGGGUCACAGAUGCCUGGGUACCCUGUCCAGUGUGGGAUAUUUUGGGGGUCUGGGAUCAGGCUUCUGGAUGCCUGGGUCCCUUGCCAGGCGUGGGAGUUCCUGGGGCCUGGAUUAAGGUCCCAGGCACCUGGGUUCCCCCUCACCCCAACUGAUGCAGGUGAGAUUCAGAGCUGCACAUCUGGCCCUUUAUUUCCACAGGGCCUGGUACAAUAAACGGCUCUUUUUGGUUCCUGCA